UUGACCUCAAGCAUAUAUUGCUCCACUUUUGAAUUUAUCUCUGAACAUAGAUAUAUAGUUCCUAUUCCGGUCCUUUCGGGCUGACAUUGGCAGUGUGCACAGUGACAGAGAUGGGUCUGUUUGGACUAAUUUUAGUACUGUGUGGUCUAAUAGGGGUGUCCCUUGCGGAAGAGUGUCACCGAUCUGGCGACUGCCACAUCACCACAUGUACACACGGAGGGGAACUUAAAUGUAACAACCGUACAUGCGUUUGUGUACCGCAUCCGUGUGCCAGUCAUCCUUGUCAAAAUCACGGGGUUUGCGAGGAGCAGCAUGGCAUAUACCUGUGUAAAUGUCCACACGGCUUCAGUGGUACCAACUGCGAAGCUACAAACAUCUGUGCUCAGCAGCCACAUGUAUGCAACGACCACGGAUCUUGCCAGCCCACAGACCAAAGCCCUUUUUAUAAGUGCGGAUGUUUGGCUGGAUAUAGUGGGUCGAACUGCAGCAUCCAGAGCUUAAGCACGCCACAUACUACCCACCUCCCGACGACCACACGGGCGCAUGCAUCACACGCAACAACAGCAGUACCACAUCCGUGUGCCAGUCAUCCUUGUAAAAAUCACGGGAAUUGCGAGGAGCAACAUGGCAAAUACCUGUGUAAAUGUCAAGGCGGAUUCCAUGGUACCAACUGCGAAGUUGCAAACAUCUGCGCUCAGCAGCCACAUGUAUGCCACGACCACGGAUCUUGCCAGCCCACAGACCAAAGCCCUUAUUACAAGUGCGGUUGUUCGGCUGGAUAUAGUGGGUCGAACUGCAACAUCCAGAGCUUGAGCACGCCGCAUACUACCCACCUCCCGACGACCACACGGGCGCAUACAUCACACGCAACAACAGCAGUACCACAUCCGUGUGCAAGUCAUCCUUGUAAAAAUCACGGGGAUUGCGAGGAGCAACAUGGCAAAUACCUGUGUAAAUGUCAAGGCGGAUUCCAUGGUACCAACUGCGAAGCAAAUCCCUGUGAUUCCUCUCCUUGCCUAAAUGGUGGAACAUGUACCGCGAGUGCACAAUCACCGUUCUACCAUUGCAAAUGCAGACCCGGCUACCGCCAACACAACUGUAGUGAACAUCCAUGCGACCACGCAUACACAUGUCAACACUGGGGAACCUGUGAACCUACAUUACAAUACCCGUUUUACCAUUGUAAUUGCUCACUUGGGCAUACCGGACAACAUUGCCAAGACAAUGCCUGCAAGGCACAGCCGUGUCAUAAUGGCGGAACGUGUCAUGUGACAAACAAAGACCCCUACUACUUCUGUGAAUGCGCCCAUGGUCACUCUAAUCGUAACUGUUUGCACGAUCCUUGUCACAGCAGACCGUGCUUUAAUGGAGCAACGUGCACCGCUACAACAACGUCCCCGUUCUACCAAUGCCAGUGCGCUCCCGGUUUUCACUACGAGCAAUGUCAAUUUCUCAUAGAAACCCCAACUUCUUCGACUCAUGCUCCGCAAAAUACCACGACGCAAAAGCCAACUAAUAUAACCACACUGGCGUCAACAAAUGGCUCCAUGCUUGUGUCAACGAACGGUCUCACGCUUAUGCCAACGACAUUUACCACGACGGACGUUCCAGCUCAUUCUACUACUCUUACGCUUACGAAUGGCCCCGCGUCUUCGACCACCAAGUCACAUAUCAGCGUCAACACAACUAUUGGCACAAAUCACUGUGAUUCCUCUCCUUGCCUAAAUGGCGGAACAUGUACCGCGAGUGCGCAAUUGCCUUUCUACCUUUGCAUAUGCAGACCCGGCUACGACCACCAAAACUGUAGCGUACAUCCAUGCAACCGCGACCACGUAUGUCUACACGGGGGAACCUGUGAACCAACAUCACAAUUCCCGUUUUACCAUUGUAAUUGCUCACAUGGGCAUACCGGACAACAUUGCGAAGAUCGCGUAAAAACCACAACUUCUUCCAAUCAUGCACCGUCAAAUACCACGACGCACCAGCCAACUAAUAUAACCACACUUGCGCCAUCAAGUGGCCCCACACUUGUGUCAACGAAUGGUCCUGCGCUUGUUUCAACGAACGGGCCCACGCUUAUGUCAACGACAUUUACCACGACAGACGUUCCAACUCAUGCGCCUACGAAUGUCCCCGCGUCUUCGACCACCCAGUCUCAUGUCAGCGUCAACAAAACUAUGGGAAAUAGUAAGUUCUGCUUGGCUUGUGAUGAUGCCGUGUCCCCGCACACAUGUGACAAGAUUACCAUUUGCGGAAGUCAUGAGAUUUGCUAUGUGGACUCCUACGUGACGUCUGUGGGUUCCAUACGUUUCAAUCUUGGUUGCCGUGAUGUACAGCAAUGUGGCGUCACGGACUCUGGAAUUGGAAAACGAUCCAAAGAAGAACUUCAACUUCCAUUGAACGUCAUGGCAAGCGACGAAGGCAACAUUUUAUGCACACAGUGUUGCAACGGAACACUUUGCAACGCCGGGGGAUGUGGUUCCGACGCAUUUGCCCCAAUCAGCCCCGAUGUCCGCGGUCCAGUGUGCUUCAAUUGUGAACAACAGGCCAACAUUGACGAUUGUUAUAAGAUCCGCAUAUGCGGGCGUGAUGAGAUGUGUCAAAUAGAAGCCAAUCUGACAUCAGCAGCUGGCCACCAAGCGUUUUGGAGAACACGGUGUGUUCAUGAACCGACUUGCAGGUCAGCGCAAGUCAUACAAUCCCAGUUAAUGGCUCAUGGUAAACCAUGUACGAUGGCGUGCUGCAAAGAAGACCUCUGUAACCAAUCGUGCCCCGGAUCAUCUUAAGCGACGACAAAAAAUCUUCUUAGAUGUGAAAUUGACGCAGUAUAGAAAAUUAAAAGAUAUUAAAACGA